AUGACAGGCCAAAUCUCAAUCCCAUACUUCACUAGUCGAGGAACGGUAUACUACAACCCUCCCAGUUUCCGAGCAGACAAGACACGGAACACAACUCUUCCUAUCCCACCUUGCCGACCUAGACAACGUCGACCUCAUUCCAUCCAUAUAACUCGUCUCCCCGCAGGCUUUGUUCCAUUUGAUUUAAGACCUCCAUCAUCCCCACCAGGGCCUAAAAAGCCUUCCCGAACCAAGUCCCAAUUGAACAAGCUGGCUUCCCGAGAGAGCGCAAAGCGUGUGCUAGGUUCUGUUUUCUCGCCCUUUUCAUCCCAACCUUCUUCGCCAACAUCCUCUGCCGCAUCAUCCACGAGAUCGCCGAGUCCGCAAGUGAGUCGUUCACAAUCAGUACGGACCAAUUCGGGGGAUCGUCGAAGCAUAUUUUCUAGAAGGGCCCAAUCCAGUUCUGGGUUGGAGGCCGGGUCGGAAGGAGGAAUAAUGACAGGGCCUGGGCCUAGUAAUAUGGAAGCAGUAGGCAUCGAAAACCGGCCCUUAGGAAACAGCCAGCCGGACCUUGAUUUGAGCCUUAGAACUUCAAAGCCAUCCCCAAUAGCGAACAUUGGGGAAAAUGAGAAACCUGUUGCGUCAGGCAACGGUGUAUCUGUUUACGUUCCGUUCGCUGAACCCAUUGUCUACCUGACUGGUUUGGACCACGACGGUACAACUCGCAAUUCUGAAUCCCACAAUACUCUUGGGAUUCUCCGUGGCAAAGUUCGACUUAAUGUUACAAAAAGCGCCAAGAUCAAGUCAGUUACAUUAACAUUCAGAGGAAAGGCGCGAACUGAAUGGCCUGAAGGAUUGCCACCGAACAGAACAGAAACUUUUCAAGAAGACUCGCUUCGAACACAAGUUCUACCAUUCUUCAAUGCUUUGUAUGAAGGUUCUGAUGUCGGCUAUGGAACGCACUGCAAUUACUAUUUGCGGGAUAAAUCUGGGACGACAUCUAUAACCCCUCUGGAUUCACCAAGCUCUGGGAUAUCGACAUUACUCGGUGCUAGAAGUAGAGCAAGUACCCUUAUGACAUCAAAGGAAACAAAGAGGUUGUCACUACAGAAUAACCAGUCCCGUAGCUUUCAAAAGGGAGACUCUCCCAAUGGCCCAACACCCCAACAAAAAGGGUACAAAACUUUCCAUCCUGGAGUAUACGAAUACACUUUUGAAUUGCCAAUUGACAAUAACUCUCCGGAAACCACAAAACUCCCGAUGGCUUCUGUGGUAUGGCAAGUGGAAACUCUGGUUGAAAGGGCGGGUGCCUUUCGUGCCAAUCUUUUUGGAGUCAAGGAAGUACCGGUCAUCAGAACACCAAACAUUGAGUCAUUGGAAUUGGUCGAACCCAUCUCAAUAAGCAGAAAUUGGGAUGACCAGUUACAUUAUGAUAUCAUGAUUUCCGGAAAAUCCUUCCCAAUUGGCUCUAAGAUUCCUAUAGCUUUCAAAUUAACCCCUCUGGCAAAAGUUCAAAUUCACAAGAUCAGGAUUUAUGUUACGGAGUCUAUUGAUUACCACAACAACAGUGGUGAUAUAACUAGAAAGGAUAAGCAACAGAAGAAACUAUUACUGUUCGAGAAAUUGGCGAACCAGGAUCCCUCCAAAGAGUUUAGAAACUCUGAACUGCGAGUUCUCCGUGGAGGCGAGCUCUCUGUUUCAGAAAGAGCUCACGCGCGGGCAACUGCACAGAGGGAGAGGGAGAGAAUAGCAAGACAGUUGGGCACCACCCCAGAACCUCUACCUGAAGAGUCCAACAAUAUACUAGGUGAUCUCGACCUUGGGCUUGACCACUUUGCUGGCCCAACAGAAUUGGAGAUGUCAGUUCAAUUGCCCACAUGCGAGAUGAUGAAGAAGGAUGAAUCCAAACGUCUUCAUCAUGAUUGUUCAUGGAAGAAUGCUAGGGUACACCACUGGUUCAAGAUUGCCAUGCGCAUAUCCCGCAAAGAUCCUGAUGACCCUACUGGUAAAAAGCGCCGCCAUUUUGAGAUUUCUAUCGAUUCCCCCUUUACUAUUCUCAGCUGCCACGCGUCCCAAAUGCAAAUGGCUUUGCCUGCAUACUGUGACCUCGGUGGCCCGAGUGUUCGCUCUCAAAAUGAGCGUCAAUGUGGUUGUCCUAAUGCAGCCAGUGUGGAGAAUACGCCAGUAACAUCAGCCUCGAGAGCUUCUUCUCUUGAUAAUCUGAGGCAGAGUCUUGGUCAGUCGACGGUUGCGCGCCCAGAAACCGCUCAGCUUUUGACUAGACCACCACAAGCACAUCUUGCAAUGAAUACAGCAGUUCAACGACCCAUCCACAUGUUACGCAACCCGAGUUUUGCUGCUCCUGAAUAUGAGGCUGAUGAGCCUCCUCCACCGAUGCCAACACCCCCUCCCAUGUAUGAUCAUGUUGUUGGUACGCCUAGCGUCGACGGGCUUGCUGAUUAUUUCACAAGAUUGGCCGAUUAUGAGGAGGAAGAUCACACAGAUGACGAAGACGUACAGCGAGCUUCAAAUCGUGGCCGUGUGAACGUUGUUAAUCCCAACACGCCAGGUGGGCGGAUCGCUCGAAGCAUGGACAUUAAUCGCGAUUUCAUGUUCAACGCGGCAGCUCUUAACAACAGAAUGAAUCGUGGUGAGGCUGCUGCAGGCAGAAAUGCCUAG